CUCACUGUUAUUUUUGUUGUCAUUACUACUGGUGCUUGGCAUACAAAAGAGCGCGCGUCGUUUUCAGAGCGAGAGAGAAAAUAAAAAAACAACGUCACGGUACAAGAGCCAACGUUUGGCCAACAGUCACAUUCGGUCAUAUUUACAAGCAAAACAUAAACAACCACCAGCUCCAGUGCAAAUAUUUUUACUGAAUUUCAAAAUAAAAAAAGUUUUUUUUUAUUAAAAUCUCUUCAAAUUCAACGGAAGCUACCUCUAACAUGUCUUUUAAAUAAAUUCUAAAAAAGUAAAUAAAAACGUAAUAAACUAAGCGAGAACAUAGGGUACCUAUUGUGGUGCAUUUAAAAACGAAGAGCAAACGGCAGACGACAAAAACAAAAACCAUUAUUAACUUGUGCCCAAAUAGAGAAUAGACCAACAAACAAACCAAAACAUAGUGUCGUUAGCAUUGUUUUUGAUACCGCAUACCACAUACAUACCUUCGUACAUUCGAAUACGUGUAUAUCUUGACCGCACCAAUGUCAAUUUCAAGGAGAAUCUCUAAGAAAAUCUUCAGGAAAUCAUUUGUAAACAUUUGAAGUGAAACGCAGUACACGCUGAUGGUUCAACGGAAAUAGUACCGCGUUGGAAAACGUUUUUCCAAUUUUCAAGAAAAAAAAAAAAAAAACCUAACAACAAACCAAAUAAUCCAACCCACCCACAAAAAAACUUUGGAUUUAAAGUUAAAUACUGUUUUCAAACGGUUACCACAACUGUCAGUACAACAAAACCAAAAAAAAAAAAAAAGAAGCAAAAAAAAUCUGUAACUCCAACAAAAGUAACCAAAGUACAAUUCCAACAAUAAAAUACAUCCAUUUGUUUUAUCUGUCUUGACCAAUUGUCCGAGUCAUCAAUCGGAAGUGUAAUCAAGUAAUUUUACAAAAAGCAACAGCAACAUCAACGCCAACAACAAUGAAAACAAAUAAAGUGGUGAUUUUACGCCAUGGCGAAAGUGAAUUCAACAAAUUGAAUCUAUUCUGCGGCUGGCAUGAUGCUCCACUGACGGAUAAAGGUCUCGAAGAUGCCUCGAAAAUAGCUGUAGCUGGUCUACGCCAACAUCAGAUGCAGUUCGAUGUCAUUUACACAUCAUUACUGCAGCGGGCCCAUCAAACCGUCGAUGUGAUAAGAGAGAACCUCAAAUACCACGAUGUUCCAGUGAUCUAUGACUGGCGUCUAAAUGAACGACACUAUGGCAAUUUGACAGGGUUCAAUAAACGUCAGGUGGCCAACAAAUAUGGCGAGGAAAAAGUACAAAUAUGGCGUCGAUCAUUCGAUGUCCUGCCACCCGAGAUAACCCCCGAUAAUCCCUACUAUGCCAAGAUACGUAACAAUCCGAAAUUUAAAGAUAUACCAAAGGAUAAAUUUCCCGAUACGGAAUCGUUGAAAACGCUCAUGUUGCGGGCCAUACCACUGUGGGAGCAGGAGAUAAUGCCAAAAGUUCUGGACGGCCAAAGGGUUUUAGUUGUGGCCCAUGGUACUGUGGUGCGGGCCCUUAUGAAAUAUAUUGAAAAUAUCUCCGAUGACGACAUCAUGAAAGUCAACAUACCCAACAGUGUCCCCUGCGUCUUCGAAUAUGAUCUGUCGAGUGGCCAGCGUGUGGGCAAUAUUCAGUAUUUGGCCGAUGCCGAUUAUGUGAAAAAGGAAACGGAAAAAGUAGCCGCUAUUGGAAAUUAAAAUGACUCUAUGACUGAUUUACCACAUUAAUUAAUAUUGUUUUUUGUUUUAUUGUUUUUUGUUUUUUUUUUUUAUUGUACUUAUAUAAAUCUUUUUGCAAUAAAUACUACUGAUUUACAUCAGUAAAAUGUU